AUGAGCAACCAAGGAGGAGCAUCGUCAUCUGGCGAUCUUGACGACUCUCUGAGAACGAUGGAUUUUGAUCUCCUUGAACAGCAGAUGAAUAAUAUUUUCGGAGACAGGAGCGCGUGGGAUCAUGACAAGCUGAACAAGCUCACUUAUGGCGAUUAUCUGUUUCAACCUCAUGACCUCUUAAGAUUUGCUGAUUACGCUCAGGGUGGUCGCCGACCAGGUGGUGGCAAGGCGUCGUUUCCGUUAUUAACGGAUGAGGAGCUGACUCUCGUGGACAAACCGUACAACCAGUGGGCGCCGGCACCAUACAACAAUCUGGGCUAUUUCUGCAGUGAAAAACUUACAACCAUAUACUCUGGCAGCCAGGAAACAACACCAAUCACGGCUUUCACAGCAAGACUACACCCUUUGAGGCAAAGGCUUUGGAAUGGCAUGGUCCCCAUGAGUCGCGAGCGUUGGCUCGAAAGAAAGAUGGAUGAUCCCGAAAACUAUCGAUGCCUGUUUGAGCUAAUGCAAGACAUCUUCAAUGUUUUCGCCUGGCUUAACCACGAUCAAGUUUUGGGCAAGAUGCGCAAUUGCUUCAACAAUGUAGUUGACAUGUACACCGAAUUUGAAUCUGCCGCGAAUCUUCGUCGCGAGGCGCAAGGCAUUCCAGAAAGACUCAAUCUCGCUGGCAUGUGGGCCGAAUACCAUAGUUCGAUUGUCACCACGUCGGCGCGCAGAACACACCAAUGGCUGGUCGAGCGAGUCGAAGAGGUCCGUAGCCGCGCUUUCGAGAAGUACAAUGAGGAACUCAGCAAAGCCGGUAACGAGAAUGCGAUUGGUGCCGCAGGCAAGAAGUAUUUCGAAUGUGUGCAAGAUCUGAAUGGAAUGAUGCUCCGUCUGGACCCAUGCUUGGAUGUUCCUAUGACCGGUUUCAAAGGAUAUACGUCCCCGGGCGGCCCAUCAGAUCUGUCCCUGCCAGUCCGUCAAGAGAACAACGCAAAAAUUGGAGACACCAAGUCCUGGAGUUUCCUAGAAAAGAUUGUGACGGAACGGCAGCAACAGUCCAGUCUAUCUCAGCACAAUGCUACUGAUAUCCUGGAUUUUCUGGCAGGCCGUUCAAAGCCGGCUGAACCCAUAUUCCGGGAUCGCGAGACCAUGAUUGGCCAUUAUCACCAGGUCAAGGACAACCUAGCCGAGAUGAGAAAAGCGUUCCGCGGUGAACCAAAGCCGCUGGCUGAGGAGUAUUGGAUCACUGUUCUGAAGAACGCAUGGAGUUUUACCUGA